CUUUUUGAAGAAUUUCCAUGAUGAAUGAACCAAUCAUGGAGGUGAGGGAUGAUUUCAUGCUUUCACCUGCUGGUGACAGUAAACCAACUUUCAGAACUGCCCAUUUUCUAAAACCUAUUGCAAACUCCAUUCAAGAACCAUCUUUCAACUGUAACCCAUUUUCAUCAUCUUCUGUUUUUGACCCAAAUCAAUGGCCUUUGAAAUUUCAUUUCAAUGGGUGGCGACACCCACACACCAAAUGGCUUAGGUGGGUUGAUCAACUUCAACUGAGAUAUGAAACAAUAUGGAAGAAAGUUGGCAUCUUUGAAGCUAUAAUGAGCACAAAGUGUCGCAUAAAGAAAAAUCAUGACUUGCUAUAUGGGAUUGUUGAGAAAUGGUGUUCUGAGACAAAUACCUUUGUCUUUCCAUUUGGUGAGGCAACAAUCACUUUGGAGGAUGUCAUGGUUUUAGGGGGUUACCCUGUUCUUGGUGAUCCUGUUUUCAUUUCACUUGAAGACCAAGACAUGAGAGAGGUGGAGAAGAAAUUGAUACUUGCAAGGCAGCAACUUACAAAUAGGAAAGAAGGAGGCAUGGCUAGAAAACCAUUAUGGAUGGAUAUUUUCAUAGGUAAAGGUAGUGAAAUUGAACAUGAAGCAUUCCUUGCUACUUGGUUGUCAGCUUUUGUUUUUCCUCAUAAAGUUUUGGUGAAAAGUUGUUUAUUUCCAAUUGCUAUUCAUCUUGCUAGAGGGAAUCCAAUUGCUUUGGCACCAGCUGUUUUAGCUAGCAUAUAUAGGGAUUUAACUUUGUUUAAGAAAACAAUUGUUGAUUUGUCAAAAUUUCCUGUUAGUGGUGAUAGGUUUCCUUUAGAAAUUACCCUUCCAUCACCCUUUUAUUUGGUUCAAAUUUGGGUGUGGGAGAGGUUCAAAAAUUUACAACCACAGCCCAUGUUGAUCAACCAUGGAGACCCUUUAUUAUUUAGGUGGGAUAAGGUCAAGGCCUUGAAAAUUGACAAUGUUAAGUUGACAUUAGAUUCAGCUAGCGAUGAUUUUCUUUGGCGUCCAUAUGUUAGAUUUGCUGAUAAGUGUGGAAUGUUUUAUCCAAAUGACGAAAUUUUGGUACCAUUUAAGAAGGAUUUGGAUGAUCAGAUGGUCUCAUUUGUUAUAUGCUUAAGAGUUUCAGAGUUUGUUGGAUUUGACUCUAUAGAGAAAUAUCUUCCACAUAGAGUUGCAAUGCAAUUUGGAAUUGACCAAGAUGUUCCAAGUUGUGUGCCUAGGUUCAAUGAUACUAAAGAGAUUGCUUGGAAAAACUACUGCAGACCCAUAUUUGAUAAACAUUUGUAUUUUCCAUCGAGAUUUUUUGAGGCUGAUGUUACCUCCCGUUAUUCAAGGUGGUGGAAGCAAUUGGUAUCGGGUCCCAACGAUUUUGUUAAGAAAAUUGUGCAGCAGAAGAGAAGUGCAAGUUCAAGGAAACGUAGAGCUCAUGUAGGAAAAGCAAACAGAAGUGGUAAUGAAGUUGGUGUUCCACCUGGAUUUCCUCCCAAUCUUGCCGACUCUCUUACUUUUGCAAAAUUUUGUGAUGAUGGUUCAAAACCUAAAACUAGGAAGGUUGAUGAAUUUUAUGCUGAUGUUCAUCAUGAAAAUUCUGUUCAUAACUGUUUGAGCCAGUGUUGUUCAGGCUCUUCAGAAUAUCAUGGAAACAUAUUACCACUGAAAAGGCCAAUUUCAGCAGAUAAUAUUGAACCUUCAAUUGAGAGUUUGGAGGAAGUUUUUGAAGGUGCAAAUGGCAGAAAAGAAGCAAUGAUGUCUAGUGACAGAAUCUGUUUAUCUGAGACUCAAGGUGAAAGCAAAAGCUUUUCUAUGAGAAAAAAAGUUUCUUUGUCCAACAAAGUAACUGCUGGGCAGCAUGAUCUUCAGUUUCACUCUGAUAUGAUUGCUCAAGCAAAAGGUAAAGAAACAGUUGAAGAAAAAGAAAGUGAUCAUGAAGUUGUGGUUUUGUUAAAAGAGCAAUACUUGAAAAAUCAAGAGGAACUCGCUCGUCUGGCAAAACAACAAGAAGAGAUGUUACGAUUAAUGGAUUUGAGGGAGAAGCGGGAUGAAGAGUUGAGGCAACUCCUCACUAGUGUUCUAAGGAAUCAACAACCACCACCAUCAUCUUCUUAA